UAUGAUGAAUCACUGCAGUUUGUAGUAAAGAGAAAAGAUGGAUAUUUUGUCUAUGCUCCUACCUCUCCUAAUACUGACUCUUGGAUUCAAUUCUGCUCACGGUUCAUCGUGUAUAGAAAAAUGCAAAUUCGACAAACAUUGUAACAAGACUGAUUUCAUCCAGAACACCCCGUGUUCUUAUUCUUGCGUCUGUGAUGGACAGUAUACUUACUAUGUGGAAGAAACCUUCACAGAAUGCGGAAGGGGAAAACGGUGCUACCAAGGCGAUUGUCUCACUGAAGUGCCAAACCGUUGCCAAAAUUAUUAUGGAAGUAAUUAUCUUGGACUUUUGAAUCCGAGCAAUCCUUGCGUCUAUUACUGCUUAAACGUCUAUUCACCUUGCAUAAUUUAUGAAGAAAAUGUUGCCAACGGCGGAAGGUGUUACACAUACUCAAACACUGCAGGGAAUUGCUUCAAAGGAAGAUGUGUAGAAGGAGGAUUACCUUUUGGCAGAGCGGUCUACUACGAUGAAGAUAGGGGAGCUACGGCAGGUGGAGAUAGCAGUGCGUCUGCAAGCUAUGCAGCAACUACAGCAGGAGGUGUUAGAAGAGAUGGAACGCGAUAUUUUGGAGGAAGUAAGAGCGGAGUUGACAGCGCAACUUCGUCAGGAUUUGGAGUGGCAGAUGCGUCGGGAGCUGGAGGUAGAGGUUACGGAUCAGGGGCAGCAGCUGCAUCAGCAGCAACAGCUGCUGCUGAAGGAGGAAGAGCAAACGCUGCAUCAGGUGCAGCAGCUGCAUCGGGAAGAGGGGGAUCACUCGCCGCAUCAGAAUCAGCAGCUGCUGCAGAAGGAAGAAGAGCAAGCGCUGCAUCAGGUGCAGCAGCUGCAUCGGGAAGAGGGGGAUCACUCGCCGCAUCAGGAUCAGCAGCUGCUGCAGAAGGAAGAAGAGCAAGCGCUGCAUCAGGUGCAGCAGCUGCAUCGGGAAGAGGGGGAUCACUCGCCGCAUCAGAAUCAGCAGCAGCUGCAUCGGGAAGAGGGGGAUCACUCGCCGCAUCAGGAUCAGCAGCUGCUGCAGAAGGAAGAAGAGCAAGCGCUGCAUCAGGAUCAGCAGCUGCUGCAGAAGGAAGAAGAGCAAGCGCUGCAUCAGGUGCAGCAGCUGCAUCGGGAAGAGGGGGAUCACUCGCCGCAUCAGGAUCAGCGGCUGCUGCAGAAGGAAGAAGAGCAAGCGCUGCAUCAGGAGCAGCAGCUGCAUCCGAAAGAGGAGGAUCACUCGCCGCAUCAGGAGCAGCAGCUGCUGCAGAAGGAAGAAGAGCAAGUGCUGCAUCAGGAGCAGCAGCUGCAUCCGAAAGAGGAGGAUCACUCGCCGCAUCAGGAUCAGCAGCUGCUGCAGAAGGAAGAAGAGCAAGCGCUGCAUCAGGAGCAGCAGCUGCAUCCGAAAGAGGAGCAAGCGCUGCAUCAGGAGCAGCAGCUGCAUCCGAAAGAGGAGGAUCACUCGCCGCAUCAGGAGCAGCAGCUGCUGCAGAAGGAAGAAGAGCAAGUGCUGCAUCAGGAGCAGCAGCUGCAUCCGAAAGAGGAGGAUCACUCGCCGCAUCAGAAUCAGCAGCUGCUGCAGAAGGAAGAAGAGCAAGCGCUGCAUCAGGAGCAGCAGCUGCAUCCGAAAGAGGAGGAUCACUCGCCGCAUCAGAAUCAGCAGCUGCUGCAGAAGGAAGAAGAGCAAGCGCUGCAUCAGGAGCAGCAGCUGCAUCCGAAAGAGGAGGAUCACUCGCCGCAUCAGGAGCAGCAGCUGCUGCAGAAGGAAGAAGAGCAAGUGCUGCAUCAGGAGCAGCAGCUGCAUCCGAAAGAGGAAGAUCACUCGCCGCAUCAGAAUCAGCAGCUGCUGCAGAAGGAAGAAGAGCAAGCGCUGCAUCAGGAGCAGCAGCUGCAUCCGAAAGAGGAGGAUCACUCGCCGCAUCAGAAUCAGCAGCUGCUGCAGAAGGAAGAAGAGCAAGCGCUGCAUCAGGAGCAGCAGCUGCAUCCGAAAGAGGAGGAUCACUCGCCGCAUCAGAAUCAGCAGCUGCUGCAGAAGGAAGAAGAGCAAGCGCUGCAUCAGGAGCAGCAGCUGCAUCCGAAAGAGGAGGAUCACUCGCCGCAUCAGGAGCAGCAGCUGCUGAAGAAGGAAGAAGAGCAAGUGCUGCAUCAGGUGCAGCAGCUGCAUCGGGAAGAGGGGGAUCACUCGCCGCAUCAGGAUCAGCAGCUGCUGCAGAAGGAAGAAGAGCAAGCGCUGCAUCAGGAGCAGCAGCUGCAUCCGAAAGAGGAGGAUCACUCGCCGCAUCAGGAGGAGCAGCUGCUGCAGAAGGAAGAAGAGCAAGUGCUGCAUCAGAAGCAGCAGCUGCAUCCGAAAGAGGAGGAUCACUCGCCGCGUCAGAAUCAGCAGCUGCUGCAGAAGGAAGAAGAGCAAGCGCUGCAUCAGGAGCAGCAGCUGCAUCCGAAAGAGGAGGAUCACUCGCCGCAUCAGGAGCAGCAGCUGCUGCAGAAGGAAGAAGAGCAAGUGCUGCAUCAGGAGCAGCAGCUGCAUCGGGAAGAGGGGGAUCACUCGCCGCAUCAGGAUCAGCAGCAGCUGCAGAAGGAAGAAGAGCAAGCGCUGCAUCCGGAGCAGCAGCUGCAUCAGAAAGAGGAGGAUCACUCGCCGCAUCAGGAGCAGGUGCAGGUGAAAAUUCGUACGGAACAACCUUUGGAUCAGGAUCUGGGGCAGGAAGAGGAGGAGGGAGUGCAGCAGCUUUUGGAUAUGAAUCAGGAGAAGGAACCGUUUACGGAUCAAGAGUCGGAACAUCAAGAAGCGGAAUUACAGGAGGAUCAAAUGUCGUCUACAGUUACAACGACGCCGGUAAUUCUGCCUUCUCAGACAGUUACGCAAGCAACGGAGGUACGGGAGACAACUACUUCUACGAGACUCGUGAUUACUCAGCUGACACAGGAGAAAGAAGAGCAAGCAGUUACUCACAAAGCAGUAACUUUAACAACGAUUAUGGAGGAUCUUUGAAUGGCCCGAUAUAUUCUAGUUAUAUAGAUCCAUCAGCUGGUGACUAUGAUUACGAAAUGUAUUGGGGAUCAACUGGAACUGCUGAAAGGGCUGGAAGAAAUUCUGGGGCAGUAUCUGGAGCGGCAGCAAGAUCGAUCUACAGUGAUGUACCAGGUGAGGGAAGGGGAGCCGCAGCGGACGCAGGAUCAUUUAGUUUUAAUGGGUAGUGGUAUCACAGCAAGGCAUAUUGUCUAAUCGUUCCUGUUCAUAAAUGAAAUUCUUUGAAAAUUUGUCAUUUAUUAUUAUUUCAAUUUUUUCUCUCUAUUUUAAUGCCUGUAAAAUCAAUUCGCAAUUUAAAUUUGAUUCAGAAUGGACUGAGAUUCAUGCAUGAAAGUGAAAAUUCAUUCAAAACAACGUGCAAAUUAUAAAGAAAUGAUUUUUUUAAUGCAACACAUUUAAUGUUAAUUUUUACAGCAAUCAUAAUAAAUAUACUUUGAAAAAUUUC